CAGAUCGGUCCAAUGGUCUCUCAAUAUCAUCGGUACGAACGUUCGCGAAGUUUGCCGAUCGACUGGUCAGUAAGAAUUUUUCUUUCGGACGUACGCGAGAGGCGUUCGACGGGCUAGGAGAAAAACUGCUCGCUCGAUCGAUAACGUUCACCUUCGAGUCGUAUUUCUCAAUAAUUUACACGUCGUAGCUCGAUCGGAUCCGUCGCAGAGACGAGGACGCGUUUUAGGUUAUUUCGGAUCGAGACGCGUCGACGACGAGGUUGGACGAGGUCACGCGCGUAAGAGACGGAUAUCGGUCGAGCGACGACGACGUACGCGAGUGCGGGAUAACGCGUAGAGGAUCGCUGGAAGCAACAUGGCACGAGAGGGAGUUUGAGGAUUUUCGGGGGAAAAGUCGGCGAACGCUCGGAUUGAAAAAAUGGCGGGUGAAGUUCCGGGUAACGGAAGGAGAUACGGUCGGGAAGGUUCGGUGUCGUUCGGCUGAGUUCGGAGUUUGCAGAGGACGCUCGCGAUCGAGGGCCGGCGAAGGGGAGCCGCCGUCGUCGUUCGAAGACACAGCAUGCACAGACAGCACCACCGUGCGAAAGUGGAAGGGCGGCGCGAGCGGAAAAGAGGGAUCGUGAGCGGCGGAGAAGCAGCGCGCGAGACCCAGAGAAGGCAAGAACGAUCGAGGGACGACGAGUGUGCCAGUAACGGUUAACCGUCGCGCUCGAGAGAGGCGAAAGCGCGUUCCUCUUCCGUAUGUGUCUUCUUCUUCUUCGGUGCGUCGUCGUCGGCCAUUGUCUCUGACAUGGAAGCCUACCAAAAUGGCAGAGAUCGUGCAGAUGUUUUUGUUUCUGUAUAAGUCGAAGUACCGUCGGAAACGUCGUCGGCCCUCGCGGCAAGUAGAGCUGACACGCUUUCAAGAGUGCGGUGCGAUCACGUUGCCAUGCUUGCCUCCGCUCUGGUGGGCGGCGUUGCUCUGCUGUUGGCUCCUGCACCUUACGGCGGCCUCCUCCUCCUCCUCGACGACGACGACGACGACGACGACGACGACGACGACGACGACGGAACCGAGCUGCGACAGCGAGAGGUGCAUCAACGGGGAUUGCGUCAAUGGUACUUGUUUGUGUCGCGAGGGAUGGCAGGGUUCGGCUUGCCAAUUCUGCGGUGGCAAAGUCAGAUUGACGGAACCAACGGGAAGCAUUCACGAUGGUAUCGGCAACUACACGGCGGACGUGAGGUGUUCCUGGUUGAUCGAGAGCAGCCCAAAUUCCACGAUACGCAUGCACGUGGAGCUGUUCGCGACGGAAUGCGGCUGGGACCACCUGUACAUCUACGACGGUGACAGCGUCGAGGCACCUCUACUCGCGAUAUUCAGUGGUCUCAUGCACAAAGACGGCUAUCACAUACGCCGCGUGCCCGAAGUAAUAGCACGAUCCGGCAGCGCGUUGCUGCACUUUUAUUCGGACGUUGCCUACAACAUGAGCGGAUUUAAUAUCACUUACAAGAUCAAUGCCUGUCCGACCAGGUAUUCCUACGUCGAUUGUUCUGGCCACGGUGUCUGUAUAGAGGGUAUGUGCGCGUGCGAUGCCUUAUGGACCGGAAAAGCCUGCGACGUCCCGGUGUGUCCAAAUAAUUGCUUUCACCACCGUCUGCACGGCGAGUGCAAUAGAUUGAAGCGUCGCUGCGACUGCAUACACGGUUACAAGGGAGUGGACUGCAGUCAAAAGAAAGAUCAUGGAUUCUGGGAGAACGUCGCUUACAAAGACUUCUCUCCCGAAGGUUCGGCCAGUCAUUGUGCCAUCGUUUGGAAAGAUUCCCUCUACGUGGUCGGUGGUGAGAGUUUUCAUCGUGCCAAGAUGAUAUACGUUUACGAUUACAAUGGUAACGUCUGGGAAACCCCUCACGUGGAGGGCAAGCUACCCGCGCCUCGAUACGCUCAUUCGUGCGUACUCUUCGGAGACAAGAUAUUUAUGUACGGUGGCGUCGUACAAAAUUCCACCGUCACCAACGAGAUCUGGGCGUUCGACGUCUCGGCUAAAGUUUGGGAAAACGUUACCGUGCACGAUCAUUGUCGCAACAAGACGAUGUGCGGACCGCUUAAGGUAGCUGGGCAUACGGCGAAUCUCGUGCAAAGUUACGGGGAAAAGGAGAAAAUGGUUGUGAUCUUUGGUUACUCGCCUCAGUACGGUUACUUGAACACCGUCCAGGAGUAUUACUUGGGAACGCGGGAGUGGCAAAUCGUCGAGACGAUAGGCUUCCCCGUGAAAGGGGGCUACGGUCAUAGUUCUUCUUACGAUCCUCUGACGCAUUUGAUAUACGUCUACGGUGGGUACGUGUCCGAGUCGCAGAGCACUCAGGUUCUGACGAACAGACUCUACUCCUAUCAUCCCAAGUACCGCGAGUGGAGAUUGCUAACGGCCGCGCCGUCGGCCCGAUUUUUUCACACCGGCGUAUUUAUUUCCGGCGGUCUGAUGCUCGUCUUCGGCGGUAACAUGCAUAACGACACUCAGCACUCGCACGGUGCUAGGUGUUAUUCCGCGGAUACCAUCGCUUACGACGUUACCUGCGACACGUGGCAACAUUAUUUCAUGCCGAGGGAAAUGACCGACCUACCGAGAUACGGGCACAGCGCGACCGUUUUCGAAGAUUCCAUGUACAUCUACGGAGGCUUCGACGGUCAGAUGCUGUCCGACAUGUUGAGGUAUACACCGGGACAUUGUGAACACUUGAUGAAACAGAACGAGUGUCUGAACGCGAGGACAGGUGUAAAGUGCGUGUGGGACAAUCAUUCAGGUCGGUGUGUCGCGAUAACGAAAAUACCGCGGCAUGCGUUGCUCGAGGACGACAUGCACGAUGGAAAGUACAUGAGGUGCUUGGACGACACGCCGCCGCGUGGAAUGACCUCGCAUAAGGAAUUGUGCAAGCUCCUAACCGACUGCGUCGCUUGCGUGCAAACGUCGUACAAUUGUGUUUGGUGCGGUAAAAGUUGUUCCUACGAAAUAUGUCGGGAUAACGCCAAUUCGCCGGCCACCGAGGUUAUCAAGGAUUUGGAAAAGUGCGACGCGCACACUGGCGUCGAGUGUCUGCAAUUGCACAACUGUCACGCUUGCUCCAGCAAUCCGCGUUGCAUAUGGUCUUGGUCGAACGGUCCGGACCGUUGCAAGCCGCAAUCUAAGACGCGCGAGAUCAGCAGUCUGAAUGGAACCAUACAAGCUCAGCGCUUGACGAUGGAAACUUGUCGAAGUUCAUGCGCGGAGUAUACUUCCUGUAGGAAUUGUACAGAAUUCGAUUGCAUUUGGUGUCAGAACGAAGCAAAGUGCGUCGACAAAAAUGCAUAUCCCGCUAGUUUCCCGUACGGCCAAUGUCGUGCGUGGACAACGAUCGAGGCAAGGUGUCGUGCUACUGGAAAUGGAAGGGAAUGGUGUAGCUUUUAUUUAUCUUGUUCGGCGUGUAGAUCGGAUCCCGGUUGUGGGUGGUGCGACGACGGAUCCGGUACAGGCAAAGGACAGUGUUUGCCUGGUGGCGCUCGUGGUCCAAGCAGUAGGAGUUUAGAAACGUGUUCGCUCGAUCAUUGGUACUUUACCACGUGUCCAACUUGCCAAUGCAACGGCCAUAGUAAGUGUCUUCCAAACAGCAGCGUUUGUAUUCAACCGUGUGGAAAUUUAACUUACGGACAGAAUUGCGACAAAUGCAUACCCGGUUAUUACGGAAGUCCUUUGAACGGAGCAACGUGUCAACCUUGCUCCUGUAAUAAUCAAGGCACGCAGUGUUCUAGCGAGACCGGUAAAUGUUUUUGCACGACCAAAGGCAUCGUUGGAGACCAUUGCGAGCGUUGUGACGUAACGGGUCUUUAUUACGGCGAUCCUACGAACAAAGGAUCGUGUUUUUACGACUUGGCUAUUGAUUAUCAAUUUACCUUUAAUUUAAGUAAAAAAGAAGAUCGGCAUUAUCGAGCGAUCAACUUUAAGAAUUCCCCACCGAAAGCUGAUAUCGAUGCCGAGUUUUCUAUAACUUGUUCAGUCCUCGCAAAGAUGAACGUUACUAUUAAAAGACCAAACAGUCUAGAAAAGCCACUUCUUUUGGGUGCCAAUUGUACGACAAGCAUGUAUAAGCAUCGCUUUAGCAAGGCAGACUACAAUUUUGGUAGCGAAGAGAACAAUACGUUAACAACGUUCUAUGUAUACGUUUAUGACUUUCAGCCACCGUUGUGGAUUCAGAUUUCAUUUUCUCAAUAUUCAAAGUUAAAUCUGCAACAAUUCUUCAUAACUUUUUGCACAGAUUAUAUGCCACCACACAGGUGUUUCCUUGCCCUACUUCUAGUAGCCGCAAUUUUAUGGAAGAUCAAACAAAAGUAUGACAUGUAUAGAAGAAGACAACGACUUUUCGUGGAGAUGCAACAAAUGGCCAACAGGGCGUUUAGUCAAGUACUCGUGGAAAUAGAGAGGCGAGACGUCGUCGACAACGACGCUGACAGAGGUGACGGUGAAUAUAACAAUUGUCGAAAAAAGAAAAAGGAUGCACCUAGUCCGAUCGCACUGGAGCCCUGUUGCGGUAACAGAGCAGCAGUCUUAUCCUUGCUAGUCAGAUUGCCUACCGGUGGUGAGCCGUUUACUCCAGCUGGACAGAGUGCUGGCUUAGCGGUAGCCUCAGCCUUAGUCACAUUGGGUAGUCCGCGGAGACCUUCCCAGGAAUUAACGACGAAGGAAACGAAAAAAACUAGAAAGUCGGCCAGUCAACAUCCGGAAUCCACUUGUAUUUAGCGAUAAGCCGAAGAAAGUAGACAAAAUGCAAAUGUUGCAACGUGACUACGAGCCUUAGAAUCGUUUCUGUGAUCUUGCCUGUAUUAGUGGCAGGACAAUCGAUUAUCUUAUAACUAUGACAGAACGACGUAGCAAAUGUCAAUGUCACACAACCUACGUACAUACGUUGUGUGCCGACGACAAAUUUUAUAAGUGGUCAAAGUUCAUUCUGUCGUCGAACGAAGAGAACCGAAGCGUCGUUAAAACUUGGCUACGUCUUCAUUCAAAGAAAAUGAGCGAGAAGAUACUUUAAUCAAGAAAUGAUUUUUGUAUUUAUCGUCUUACACGAAAAUUUUCGGUAAGUAGUACUCAUUUUGAAAAUUUAUUUAAACGUUCGGUGCGAGACGGUUUAUCAAGUAAGACGAUUUCUUCACGAAUUUAGAUAACUUUUCAAACUGUUUCUCGAAUUCAUUUAUACAGCGAAUAAAACAAGUAUCCGUGUUAAAAAGUUAUUCGGCUUUUAAGUAACGUACGAAUACUUGUUUACUCGCUAUAGUUCCAAUCAACGAUGUAUAUUCUUGUAUAUAUAGUAUUUGUUAGAUAACACUAUUUUGCUUUUAUCGUGAAAGAUACAAUAUAAUUGAGAACGUGCUUAUUUUCUGAUUAACGAUGUAUCGAAACAAUUUACAAAGUAGUUUUUAUUGCCACACCCUUACGAAUGUGGUAAAAUACGUUUACUCGAAACGAAUAUUCAUGUUUCACUUAUAUUUCGUAUCUUUUGCGUUCAUCAAAUACAUUAACGGCAAUAGUACAUCAUACAGGUAAAUAUAUCAUGACUUCCAACAUAUAUUGGAUAAAAAUAGUGGAUUUUUAAUAUCAUUUUUACUAUUAUUACCAUCAUUGCCAUCGUCGUCGUCGUUGUUUUCGUCGUCGUCGUCGUCGUCGUCGUCGUCGUCGUCGUCGUCGUCGUCGCCGUCGUCGUCGUCGUCGUCGUCGUCGUCGUCGUCGUCGUCGUCGUCGUCGUCGUCGUCGUCGUCGUCGUCGUCGUCGUCGUCGUCGUCGUCGUCGUCGUCGUCGUCGUCGUCGUCGUCGUCGUCGUCGUCGUCGUCGUCGUCGCCGCCGUCGUCGUCGUCGUCGUCGUCGUCGUCGUCGUCGUCGUCGUCGUCGUCGUCGUCGUCGUCGUCGUCGUCGUCGUCGUCGUCGUCGUCGUCGUCGUCGUCGUCGUCGUCGUCGUCGUCGUCGUCGUCGUCGUCGUCGUCGUCGUCGUCGUCGUCGUCGUCGUCGUCGUCGUCGUCGUCGUCGUCGUCGUCAUGUCAUUGUUGACGUCGUUAUUACAACCAUUAUUAUUGUUAAAAUAAAAGAGGAAUUUUUUUUUUAUAUAUAAAUAGGAAUCUUAAUAAACUAAUUGAAAUUAGUUAAUAAUUUUGACACUGAGAAAAACAGAUUUGCCACGAGUGCUUUGAAUGUAUUAACAUAACUUAUGAAUAACUUAUAUUUAUGUUAAAGCAAAAGUUUAUAUAUCGAUAGGAAUCAAAAAUCAUGACAAGCAAGAGGAUAAAUUGUAUAUUUUCAUUUGGGUAGAAGGAAAGAGUAUUAUGGUCUGUAAACGAAUGAAAAUAAUGGAAAUGUGUAACGGUACAAAGUUACUGUUUAUACUAUCCUUUUAUCCUAAGAUAUGUGUGAAUAUUAAAUUCUAAAUUAUUGCAAGCGAAUGGAGUUUGCGUUAAGAAUGCAGAACUUUGUGUCCUUGUAGAUAGAACGAUAAUUCUUCAUCCAGUUUUGUACUUGAGUGGAUUGCGUAUUGUGCCAAAUCAAUUUAUCGUAUUGGUCUAAAGUCAAAUAAAAAGAAUAAUAUUUAUUAAUAUACAAAAUUUAGCAGAAAAUGUAUAAAAAGGAAUAUGUAUAAAGAUAAAGAACAGAACAAUCCAGGCUAAAAUGUAUUAAUUAACGUUAGUUUUUUUUCUUUUUUACAGACGAAUAUUUCCAUGAAAUCUUCAUAAUUUUGUAAUUAUCUAGAAGGCACUGCUAAUCAUUUAUUUACUUUGUUGGAUGAACCAAAGAGAGAAGGUUGUCAAUUUUAUAAUAAGUUAUGAUCUGGAUUGUCUUGUGCUAGAAAGUGUUUCUAUCUUAUAAAGUAAAAAUUAGUGCUGGUUUUGUUUCAAUCUUCUAACCAACGUUUUCUUCCAAUGUUUCAAUAAUAACGUGUACAAAUUUUUAUCAUCUUUUACUUAUUAGCUAGUUGUUUGUAUUAAGCAAAAUAUGAUCUCAUCUCUGCAUUGCUUUUAUUUUUACUCGAGCGUAUGUUAAUCUUCUAGAAAAAAUAAUGUCCAAUUUGACGUUUAAUUUUAUUCUUAAAAAAAAAAAAAGAAAAAGAAAUAAAAAAAAAGAAAAGAAAAAUCUCCAGCACUAAGAAAAAAUACAUCUACAAUAUUCGUAGUAAUUAUAUAAUUAAUUUGCUGAGAGAAAAGAUAAAAUUUUUGCACGAUGCAUUUCUCUAAGUGGUUAAAAUACUCAUAUAUAACUUUCUCUCUUUUUCUAUAUAUAUAUUUUUUUUAUUAUUAUUUUGUUUAAUGGGAAUGUUACUUCACAAAGGUGCUGCCAGGAAAGUGUGCGAAUAAGAUUUCGUUCGACACACAAUCGUGUAAGUUGCUGCAAAGAAGAAUGGUGUAAGUCAAAGAAAAAAAAAAGUGAAAUUGAAAUGCAGAUAUUUGUCUCCUUUUCAAUAUUCGAUCUAUAUUUAUUCGAACAAGUGCAAUUUCCAUUAAUUUAAUGUAAAAGCAGAUGCGACUUACAUCAUUUCUAUAUUAUCUUAGGUCUUAUACGUUAUAAAUAUUUUACUAGUAUUCUCGUAUUUUUUUAUGCAACGUAAUAUUCUAAUGCGUUGUUUUAAUAUUGCGACUGGAUCCAAAUGUUAUCCAGUUUCAUUUUUCGACUCGUGUUAACUAAGCAUUUUUUACUCAACUUAACGAGUACUACAUGUAUGCGCUUUCAGCCAUGAAUUUUUUUCUUUUUUUUUUUUUCUUUUUUUUAAUAUCUUUAAUAUAAAUAUAUCGUCCGAUUACCUUCGACAGGGUUGUCCAGAUUUUAAUUUAAGCUUUUAUAAGCUUACGUUUUAUUCACGUAAACAAUGUACCCUAGUACGGAUAAGUUGUUGACGUAAAAUUUUAAUUAUAAUUAUUAUUAUUAUUAUUAUCAUUACCACGAUGGAUGGUAAUAUAUAUAUAUAUAUAUAUAUAUAUAUAUAUAUAUAUAUAUAUAUAUGCAUAUAUAUAUGCAUAUACAUGUAUAAACGUACGUCGUGUUUUUUAACACAAAACAAAUUUCUUCUAAUGUUAUCAAAUGCGAAUUGUUGAAUGUUAUGUAUAUAAGUACGACGUUUUCUUUUUAUAUACUUAAAAAAUAAUACACGCAUUACUCGAAUAUUAUUUACCACGAUUAAUUUAGAUAUUAUAUUGUUUUAAAUAUAAUUCUGCAAGGAACGAUCAAUCUGCAAUGUUGACUGUUACUCUUAUGGACAAACAUUUUACGUAGCAUUAUGUUAUUACUGCCAACCCUUGUCGUUUAUUUAUCCACUUCUUAUUGAAUUCUCUCGUGCGCUUGUCUUCUAUAAGAGAUUAGAGUUCUUGAAAAAGUAUGAAAGAAAACCAACAGUCUCUCCACGAACUUGCUAUCGUUAAAAUCCAAACUUCCUCAGCGAUGUCAUACACCAUUGUUGUUCAUAAUCCCGAUCGCAUAAGGAUCUUCGAACAGACAUCGUUUCUUUUUUCUUUGUUUUCUCUUAAUUUUCGAAUAAAAGUACGUACGUAUCAUCGUAGCAUCUCUUUCGACGAUAAAAACGAUGGCUGCUGGUUGAAUCCUAUUGCGAUUUAAAUUCGUCCAAAAAAGAUAAUUAAAGAGGAUUAAAGAGAAGAGCAAUCUUAAUACGAGAGGGUUUUCUCUCUCCCUCCCACUCUCUCUCUCUCCCCCUCCCCUCCCCCUCCCCCCUCUCUUUAUAUCUAGGAGUCAAGGAGCGUUAUUCAGUCAUAAUCUUUCUAUUAGUCGAAGUCUUUAGGUUUAGCCGUGUAAAUAAAUUUAGUUUGAGGGUGGCGUGAUGUGUGUACGUGCGUGUGUGCGUGCGUGCGUAUGUGUACACAUUUACAAGAGAUUGUAAAGAAAAAGAAAAAACGAUAUAACGAUAUCUUUAGUUGUAAGGAAAAUACGGUAAUUCGUGUACAUGCCGUAUUAAACAUCUAAUUAAAGAUCACGACGAAAAUUGAAAAUGAGCGAAGGUCGUAAACGAAAUUUAGAAGAAGUAAUUGUACACGUAUAUACAUAUAAUAAUAUCAAUUUGAAUUCUCAUUCGCAAGAAUAGACGGAGAGAGAGACGUGAACAAAUACUUAAUAAUUUAGAUAGAUAGGUACAUUAUACAUAUUAUAAAUAUAUAAAUACAUAUGUGUAACUUGCAACAAUUUUUCUAGAACACAAUCGAAAAUAUUUAUUUUUAUUCAAUGCGUAAAUGUAAGCGCGCGCGAGAGAGAGAGAGAGAGAGCCUUCGAUAAGAAAAAGAUUAAGAAAAAUAAGCCCUUAUUGAAGUCGAGAAAGUAGUAUAUAUGAAUGGAACGUGUUACAUCUCGACGAACCUUAUUGUAUAUUUACUUCUCGCCUCGACACGUAAACAUACAUACAUACAUUUAACGGAUACAUCGUGUAUGUACAUAUUACAUAUAAAGGAGGUAAUGUAAUUUGUACGCAGAAUAAUUAUCAUUGCCUUGUUAUUAUUAAUCGCAUUGAAAUUUACAAAGAUGAAAGGUUCUAAGUGUCAAAGAGAUGUCUAAAGUAUUGAGAACACAGAGCGUCUUACCAAAGUUACUAAAAUUAAAAUGUAGAGAAAGCGUGACAGAGAGAAAGAGAGCAAGAGAGGGAGGAGAGAGAGAGAGAGAGAGAAUGAACGGAAGAAAGAAAGAGCGAACGUGGUCACAUUUCCGAAUCUUUCUAAAUAAACAAAUUUAAUAAUGUAAAUAUAUAUAAGUAACGAGCGAAAAUGAUAUUUUCUUUGUAUUUCGAUACUUAGCACCUUUCGCACUUUGCCUUCCUGAAAUUGCUUGGAGUAAAUAAAACAUCUCCGUUUCGUACUGUAUGCAAUACCUAUAUACAUACAUACAUAUGUAAUCUUGAAUUUGUAUGUACAUAUAUAAGUGCGCGAUCCCAAUUGGGUAACACGUAAGAUAAAGGAACGAGACCGUAAACAUCCUAUCGUAACGUUCCAUCGUUUAGGAAACUAUUCAUUGCUCGUAAAUGAAAGGUCAAAGGAAUCCUUGAUGACGAUUCGACAAAUGUGCUCUACGCAAUUCUUGGAAAAAUAACGUCAGGGUUGAAAAGAUAAAAUUCAUUCUUAACUUACGAGCGACGCUAACAAGAAGGCAGCUGAAACAUAUUUUUCAAAACCGUCGUGAAAUUGUAUGGGACGUGUACUCGGCUUAUUUGACGCACGUUAUACGAAUCUAUACACCCACACGUACACACGCGCGCGCGCGCACACACACAAGUACAUUUUCUGCACAUUAUUUCUCAUCCGAUCGUGUGUAUUCAGCUUUAUCUAGUCUUUAAAGGUGUGCAUGGAAUUUUUAAUCGUUCGCGGAGCCCCUGUAAAUUCGCAGAAGAGAUUUUUUCGUCGUCGUUUUAUCGAAUGCGAUUUGCCAUCGUCUUAUCGUGGCAUUCAAAUUUGACAUUUUAUCAAGAACCAAUGAAACGUUAACUGUACGAUCGCAUGAAAUCGUUCCAAUUAUCGAAAAUUAUUGAAAAUUAUGAGACAACGUAUUUCGUUUCGAUUCGUUCGAAUUUAUUGAAACGUAGUGAAAAGACUGGCAAAUGGCAUUUCUUCGAGGCAAAGAUCGAGAAGACGUAGAAAAGGAGGAGAUCGAAGGGAGAAGAAUGUCACUUAUUUUAGACGGAGAGACCGAACGAUCGCAAUAUAAUUCGUGUUUCUUCGUAUAAACGAAUGAAAGAUUAGACGAAAAUUUGAAAUUAUUGAUCGUAUUAAUUUUUUGUUAGAGAGAGAGAGAGAGACGUUAUAACGCGUAUAGAGACACGUAGGGACAAGAGAGCGAGCGUGUGUCUAAAUAAUUGAAUGAAUGGAACGAGACAUAUAUUGUAUUAUAUUAAAUGAAACAGAUAUUGUUUAAAUAAAAUUGAUAUACAUAA